AUGACUGCGACGUUAAGAUCAAACAUUUACUCCCGCUUUUUGGCGCCUGGUGAAUUAAAUGUUAACGAUUAUUUUAAAAACGUUGGUGCCCAGGACUGGAGUCUAAAAAGUUACUUAAACUACCGUUUAGAAGCUGAGAGCAUAACUCCAACCUGGACCGAUGUAUAUGAUUGCUGGAAAGAUUCACUCGAAACUAUAACGAUAAAAAAUACCAACCAUACAAAAGUUCCGUCCAGUGUAAAGCAUUUUUGCAAAGAAUUAAUAAACUUUAAUACUUUCGAAAGAGAAACUGUCCUAGAACAAUGUAUGGAUUGGUACAACAACUUUUAUGAACGUUAUUGUGACCUGCAACUUACUGAGAGGGUCCAGCACAUAGAAGAAAAGAUAUACUCGUCCCAAAAAUUAUCAGAGAUGUUACAAGGAACGACAAAUAAAAAGAGACCACAGGAUGAAACCAAUGACAACGAAGCAGGCUCAUCAAAUGGAAAACGUAUUACAUAUCAAGACGAAUCACAAAUACUAUCCGAGAUGUAUGCACAGGAUGAAGAAGAGAUAAAAGCGAUUGAUGCUAGUUCGGUUGAAUGGGAAUUCAAUUAUCCAAUUCAUGAUUGGUUGAAUAAAGUAAUCAAAGAACAAAAAACAAUGAUGUCGCAAAUAAACUCGAAUAUUGCUUCAAAGCCACUUUUAUGGCGAAUAAUAGACCUAUCCUAUUCUGAGGUUGCUCCCUCAACAUUAUCCCAAAGUGAUCAGGAAGAAGUUCGCACAUUAAUCUCAUCCGCCCUCCGGAUAGGACAAACCAAUGAGUGGACAAAUGUUGGGCCAUCAGCAGAUAGAUGUUUGGGAUCAUUAGCGAAGUUGACGACAAAGCAACUGAAAAAGAUUGCAAAAAUUGUCAAACCGAAUGGGAUACAUGGUGCAGUUCUUGAGAUCAGAAACAUUCUCACGUCCAGCGAAGUUGAAAAAUCAAGUCCUUUUCUACUUAUUGAUGAUGAGAGCGAAAGCAAUAUUAAUCUUAUACGGGAAGAAGAUUACCUAAAUAAAGGUGUAUCAUACAUUCUUGAAUUACUCCGCUACACUUAUGAGAUGAUUGACAUGGGAAUUCAUCAUAAUUCUGAAAGAGAUAUAGACGUUUUUAUUAAAUCAACUAUUUUCUCUUGCUUUAACGGCAUUGUGGAUAGGCACUUGUAG